ACGUCAUCACGGUGCACGCACGCUCCUCUGUCGGGCUGAUGACGCAGCUGCGGAUGGAUUCAGUGUAGCCGAGUCAUGGCGGAGGCUCCUCCAGUAUGUGCAGAGCUGCGGGAGAGGAAGACGCAGUGUGCGAGUGACGCUUCUGCAGGAAGAGACCCUCCGACUACUUCCCCCAACGUUAGCGCUGCGGAGUAUUCCCGGAGGCUCCAGGAAUGGCUAUGGCAGUGUUACUGCGGCUCUCUGUGCUGGCAGAACAGCUGCGCUACCGCAGCGGCUCUCGUCAUGAUGAAUACGGGCAACACCGGGGAUCAGAGCAGGGUGGCCAGCGGUGGGAGAGCUGCAACUACCCCCCGCACAGCUCUUGGUAAUACCAAUUCUACAAUCACCCCGCCUCCGGCUGCAGGCCGUGAAUACGUCAUUCCAUCCUUGGCACAAAGGUUCAGAGCGGAAAUGGUGGAUUUCUUCAUUCUGUUUUUCGUCAAGGCGGCUGUCAUUUUAACCAUAAUGCACUUCAGUGGCAUCAAAGAUAUUUCUAAGUUUGCUAUGCACUACAUAAUUGAAGAAGUUGAUGAAGAUACAUCAAUGGAAGACCUACAGAAAAUGAUGGUGGUAGCACUCAUAUAUAGGCUGCUGGUCUGUUUUUAUGAAAUUAUUUGCAUUUGGGGAGCCGGAGGAGCAACUCCAGGAAAGUUCCUUCUUGGUCUUCGAGUUGUGACAUGUGAUAGUUCUGUGCUUGUUGCACCCAACAGAGUAUUAGUGAUCCCAUCCACAAAUGUAAAUAUGACAGCGUCCACGGUACGAGCUGUGAUCAAGAACUUCUCCAUAGCUUUCUUCUUCCCUGCGUUCAUUACAUUACUGUUCUUCCAGCAUAACAGAACAGCCUACGACAUUGUAGCAGGCACCAUAGUUGUAAGACGGAACGUGAGAUGAUGCAAACGGAUGAAAAUGUGUUCCGGACACAUGUGCAAUUGGUUCAUAGCCUCUCGGAGGAAUUCCAUAGGACAUUUAUUGUCAAGGGCUUUUCUAAAUCUUAGCUAACAGCAGGAGGUGUUACUGAUUGGACAUACACAAGGUAAUCUUCAUACAACUACAUGAAGAAUGAUCAGAACCAUUGUCGCCAAUCUUUUCUGAUGAUCAGUAUUGUUAUUACUAAGAACUACAUGAAACAUGUCAUGCUUUCUAAUGACGGACCUUCUCAGGGUUUUUACAGAGAGCAUGUAGUAUGGAGGAGAAAAUACUGCACAUUCUGACUUUUGUGGAAAAAACAAAAAAAAAUUUCUUUGAGGAAAAAAUGCACAUAUAUUUAAUAUGUACUAUUCACAACAAGACAGUAAUGUUAAAUGUAAAUUAUAUAAUAAAGAUUAUUUUUAGCA